AUGUUGAUCCCAGCCAUCGACAAGAGGAACACGACUGGCUACAAGAACGUGACGUACAGCCGCAGCAAAAAGAAGUUCGAAGCGAAGGUGCACGCUGAUGGCAAGCGUGUCCACCUUGGCCGCUUUGACACCGCCGAAGAGGCGGCCACCGCCUACGCUCGCUCAGAGUACGGCCGCGCCGACGCCGCAAAGCUGCUGCAGCCUCGCCCGGCUCCCUCUGCCGCUGGCGCCGAGGCGAUACUGCAGGCGGAGAGGGAGGGCCUCACCCUCACCGCCAGCAGCAGCAGCAACAGCGGCUACAAGGGCGUCCGCUACUGCCCGAAGGAGCGAGGCAGCAAGAAGUACCAGCUGAGGGUGAAGGUCAACGGCAAAGAUGCAGUCCGGCAGGUGGGGAGGGAGGGCCUUACGCUGGUCACCAGCAGCAGCAGCAACAACAGCUACAGGGGCGUUUGCUACGACCCGAAGCGGGAAGGCAGCAAGAAGUACCAGCUAAAGGUGAUGGUUGGCGGCAAGCAGGUCAGCCUCGGCUGGUUCGCCACCGCCGAGGAGGCGGCGCUGGCGCUUGCGCGGCACCUGUGGGACACGACCGUCCGCCUGCUCGAGCCGCAGCCGCAGCAAGCACCGCCGCAAGGCGCAGCAGGGCCUUCCGAGGCCAGCAGCUACUACUACGAGGAGGAGGACAGCUUCGACCCGACGGACAUUGCCGACGCCACGGCUCUCUCGCUGCUCUCCGACCCGCCGCCUUCCGAGGAGGCCCUCGAGUGCGUUAUUUGCUUGGACGACCUCAGCGCACACCCCGAGGCGCGUCUGCAGUCUCGCGACCCUAAUGGCUGGGGCGCCACACGCUGCUGCCAGAGCCUCUUCCACUACCGCUGCCUGCACACUUGGCUCAGCGACGACAGCGAGGUCGAGACGAGCCGCGGUAUGGAGCCGAUAAACACGGCCUGCCCGGGCUGCCAAGGCUUCGUGUCGAAGUCGGCGUCGCGCAUGCUUAGUUAG